CUGCGCAGCUGUCAAAACUGCUAGAAUUUUAUGUUUUGAUUUUCUUGGGUUAUUUUGCACGUGAAUUUUCUCAAUUUUCCCACAGAAAUGUCCAUUUUCCUGAAAAGAACCUCUGGGGUUGGGAAAUUCCUGCGGCAGGCUAUUUCCAUUCGGCAUGCGGCAACUUCUGAGCCUUCUGCCAUUGAUCCAGAUGCCCCUGUAGCCAUGGAAAAUCCCUUCGAGAAGCCUCGGCAGGAGUGUAUCCUGUGCAGGGGUAACAUAGAUCCAGAUUACAAGAACGUAAGGCUAUUGUCGCAAUUCCAGAGUCCCUAUACCGGAAGAAUCUAUGGAAGACACAUCACAGGACUCUGCAAAGCCAAACAGGAGAAGGUUGAAAAUGAGAUAACCAAGGCACAAAUGUGUGGACUUAUGCCAACGUAUAAGAAGACCAAUGAAUUCCUCAAGGAUCCUCCACUCUUUGAUCCAGAAAGACCUAUCCGGCCACAUAAAUACUAAAAUUGAAAAUCCUCCCCAGAUUAGUAAUAAUAAAUUUAUCAAGUUAGAAUGCA